AUGGCCACGGCAAGCGAGGGCGUGCGAGCGCGGUGCGGCGGCAGGCAGCGGGGCGGCGUGCGGCGGGCGGUGGGGCGUGGCGAGCAGGCGCGGCGGGUGCACAAGCAGGCGUGGCAGAGCUGGCGAGCACGGGCGGACGCGCGACAACAGCUGCAGGCGGCCGCCAGCGCGCGUGUGCUAGCAGGCGCGCGCGUGCUGCUUGCUAAAUCUGACUUUUGGAAGGCAAAAUAUGACCAUGAAGCCGCCAAAAAGGUGAGGGCUGCCAAGAAAGCCGCCAAGAAAACCACCAAGAAGCAUAAGAAAAAACCAUGUGCCUCUGAAAUGCUUGAGCUAGAUGACAGCUCUGAGUCGGAGGAUGACACGGGGCUAGCCAAGCAGUUGAAGAAGAGUGGACAAGCAAAGCCUAGCAAGAAGGCAAAGGUGACCAAGCCAGCUGAGGAUCCUGAAAUUGUUGAACUCAGUGAAGUAUUGUCUGGCUACCUCAACCAAGUACACUCCAGACGCGAUCUUGAAAUCGAUAUGGUGAAGCAGAUGCAUCAGAAAUAUGAGGAUGCCACUGCUGAUCUUCAAUCACAAUUGUCUGAUGCAAAGACCCGGCUGAAGAGUCAAGAAUCUGAGACCCGGAAAGCUGAGUCAAAAUUCAAAUUUAGCGUGGCUGAAAUGGAAAAACUGAAGACCAGCUUUGAGGCAGAGAGAAACACUUGGGUUGAAGAAAAGACUGCUUUGAUGCAGCGAACUGAAAAAGCAGAGGCGACUCUUCAAGAGGUGACCACUGAGCUCACCGGUUUAAAAUACCGUCUAUGCCAGAUGGUUUCUGCUAUCUUUGGUCCCAGGAGCAGCAAUCUUAACCAAGAUAUGCUUGUGAAGCUCAAAGAUGUUUACACUCUUGUUGAACAGCUAUACACUGGAGCUCAGCGUGCACCGGCCACAAUUUCUCCAACUAAUCAAGCACCUACUCUCUUGGUAGAUAUCUUGAAAAAACUUUCUGUGCUGCCUGCCAGGAUGGAUGAGAUGAAGCGGUCAUCUGCAAGAGCCGGUGCCGUGACGGCUUUGAGCCAGGCCAAGGCAUGGCUAUCAGAGCUAGACCCGUCUGAAGUAGCUACUGGAUAUCCAAGCUUAAAAGAAGAUGGAACUUCAUUUGAUCAAAAAGACUUUGCUGCCUGUGUGAAAGAAAUACGCCCUCUGGCCAGUCUGAUUGCGAAUGAACUGGAUCUGUCGAAAUAUCACCCGGCUUACAACAUGGAGAAUCAGAAGAUGCCCAUGUCGGCUUACAAAGUGAUGGGUUUAAUCCCUCCAAUCCGUAAACAUAAUUUCGCCCCUGAAGUUGACCCGUCUGGACUUAUAGAUGAUGAGGCUGAAUUUCAAGCUUUAUGUGGCAUUGAUUGGUCAUCACCAAAUCUCCAGACGAUGGAAGAGGACGAAGAUUCGGAAAAGGAUGAUCCAGAGGCCUCAAGUCAGCAAGGCCAAGAAGAGUGA